CAUCCCUGAUCUAAACAGACAGACAGACAGACAGACUGGAGAUGCUGCCCAUCCCUGAUCUAAACAGACAGACAGACAGACAGACUGGAGAUGCUGCCCAUCCCUGAUCUAAACUAAGGAAUGUAUUUUGUUUUAUUCAUUGUGAUUGGCUGCAAAUCAUCUAGACUGGUGUGUUUUUAAAAGAUGACAUUUCAUACUGCAUAGUUGACAUGAAUUCCCAUGGGAAUGGUUUAGUAUUUUGUACAGUUGCGAUUGACACUAAAAUCCAUCUGUCAUUUAACAUUUAAAUGUCAUUCAUAUCAACUCGUUACCGACAUAAUUGCCUGGCGGGCUGAAGAGAUACGGGAGAGGCUCUAAUCCCGUCUUUUGUCCCGCGGGGCAGUUAUGUCGGUAAUGAAUAAAAGGGGAAUUCUGGAUCACGUGAUAGAGCGGGCCGUGUGAGUUCUUGUUCACACCUGUCCGUGAAGCGGUUGUGCUGUGUGCGUGGUGUGUGUCACUGUGCGCUCCCCGGAGAGAGAGAGAGAGAGAGAGAGAGAGAGAGAGAGAGAGAGAGAGAGAGAGAGAGAGAGAGAGAGAGAGAGAGAGAGAGAGAGAGAGAGAGAGAGAGAGAGAGAGAGAGAGAGAGAGAGAGAGAGAGACAGAGAGAGAGAGAGAGAGAGAGAGAGAGAGAGAGAGAGAGAGAGAGAGAGAGAGAGAGAGAGAGACAGAGAGAGAGAGAGAGAGAGAGAGAGAGAGAGAGAGAGAGAGAGAGAGAGAGAGAGAGAGAGAGAGACAGAGAGAGAGAGAGAGAGAGAGAGACGGGUUGUCCUGUGCGUGGUGUGUGUCACUUUGCGCUCCCCGGAGAGAGAGAGAGACGGGUGAGAAAGUGCGUGAACAACCGGACCGGUAACCGGAAAUAAUAAUGGACAUGGCGGGACCGGCCAGUCAUCAGCAACGGAUAGUUGCUUCAGGUUGCAGUCCCGUGAGCCUGUCUGACUUUACCGAAGAGAACGAGAAGGGAAAAGUUCCAAGUCUUCACGGUAACUUUUCAUUCUAGAGAGAGUUGGGACAUCUUUAUGAUUAUUGUAGAAUGCUGUUGUCUAUUUAACUAGUGUUCCGAUUUUAUUUAUUUAUUUUUAUCGGUUACUGCCGGGUGGGUCUAGAGCCAUGGCGUUAUCGCAGAUCCAGUGUUUGGAUGAGAAUAACGUGAACCUCCGGACGCAUGAAUCCAAACCGGACUUUUUUUAUUCCGAGGACCAACGAUUAGCGCUCGAGACGCUUCUCCGGGAUGGACGCGAUGCCUUUAAUAAAUUCCUCCACGCGACCAGUCUCCGGUGUUUCCUGUCGGACCAGGAGGUGGACCAGUUGACCGGGGCAGUGGAGGUGUACGACCCGGAAUCAGAGCUCCGUCAGGGCGACUCAGACAGUGAUGAACUCCCGCUGUCUCUCCAGUACUGGCCGGAGCUGUCUGACUGCUCGCUCCCGCGGCUGGAUCUGGGCUGGCCGGACUGCGCGUCAUACAGAGGAGUGACUCGAGUCACUGUGUACGCGCAACCGCCACUGGACGGCCACACGCACAUCAAAGAGAUGGUCAGGAAAACCAUCGCGCAGGCGCAGAAGGUGGUUGCGGUGGUCAUGGACCAGUUUACAGACCUGGAUAUCUUCAGAGACCUUCUGGAGGCGGGCUUUAAGAGGAAAGUGUCUGUCUACAUCCUGUUGGAAAGAGCAGCGUUACCUCACUUCCUGUCUAUGGCCGAGAGGGCCGCCAUGCACCCGGGACACCUGAAGAGCCUGCGUGUGCGUGUGUCAGGGGGAGCAGAGUUCUUCAGCAGGUCGUGUACCAGGGUGAGAGGACGGCUGGGUCACAGGUUCCUGUUGAUAGAUGGAGACAAGGCUGUUUCUGGAUCGUACAGUUUCACCUGGACGGCGUCUCGUUUGGACAGACACCUGGUCACCUUGGUAACGGGCCAGGCGGUGGACUCCUUUGACCAGCUGUUCCGUGACCUCUACCUGACCUCCAGCGGGGUCGACCUCCGCAGGGUCACCACGGAGACGGAACCGGAGCCAGAGCCCCUCCCCCGGGCCACCCCCGUCGCUUCUCUCUCCGCAGCUAACGCCAGGAAGCUGUUCAGCCCUAAAUACGCCGUGGUGAUCGGCAACGCUAACGCUACCAGCGCCGGCCCCGUCUCCUCCGGAACCCAGAACUCCAACUCCCAGAACCCCCUGAAAACAAAGGUGCGUGUCCGGGAGCCAGUGGAAGCUCUGCCCCUCCACCCGGGAUUGGCCCAUCUGGAGAAAGCGUACCUGAUUCCGUACCUGCCCACCUGGCCCGAACCCGACCCCCCCCAGUGAUGUCAUCGGGUUCAUCAACGUGCGGGACGCGUCACGGUCGACCCAGGUGCACCUGCAACGCUCCGAGAGGUUUGAAACGAGCCG